GUGUCAGUUUGUGUACACUGUCAAAUCUGAAGGAAUAACGAAGUAAACUACAGCUGGUGCAUGACUUUGGCAGGAUGUCUGCAAAGAAAGGGAAUAUAAAGAUCGCGAACUACACUGACUGGAUGUCACAACUACCAUCUGAACUUUGGACAAUUCCUCUCUUCAAACUAGCCAUACCAGGAAGCCAUGACUCUGUGAGUUAUGAUUUGGAUGCCAGCUCUGCUAUUAUAGAGCCUGACAAUCUAAAACGAUUCAGCUGGAUUUAUUGCUUACGCAGAAUAGUACGAACAUGGGGAAUGACCCAGGAAUACAACAUCACAAUGCAACUGGAAGCAGGAGUUCGCUACUUUGACUUGAGGAUCGCUCGCAAACGUAAUGACCACCAUCCCACUAGGCUUUACUUUUACCAUGGGCUGUACACAAGCACUGAUGUUGAGACUGUUCUCGGGGAAAUACAUGCCUGGACAGUGGCCCAUCCUAAAGAAGUCAUCAUCCUGGCUUUUUCAAACUUCAAUGGUUUUGAGAAAAACAUUAAAGAUAAACUUCACAACCAUCUUAUCGGCUUCAUUAAGACCAUGUUUGGAAGCACACUCGUCCCCCGGUAG